AUGGCACCAUCUUCCCUUGGCUCUGCUGUUCCCCUAAAACUCCUGUGCCUCCUCCUCUUCCUCCUUCCAUCCUGCACCCCAGAGUCUGAAAAAGAGGAAGAGCUGAACGUUACUCCCACAGUGCUGGAGCCAUAUAACAAUUUGUUGUUCACUAACGCCAGUUCAAAGAAAUGUGGUGAGGUGGUUGAGUGUAAACCUGGUAUCAUCCUGCCUGUGUGGAAGCCUAUUAACCCUGGAAUCGGAGAGAAGAUUGCCCGUGCUGUUGUCUAUUUUGUCUGCCUGAUGUACAUGUUCCUGGGGGUGUCAAUCAUCGCAGAUCGCUUCAUGGCAUCCAUUGAGGUUAUUACCUCACAGGAGAAAGAAGUUACAAUCACAAUGCCCAGUGGAGAGACGACAGUGGCUACUGUUCGCAUCUGGAAUGAGACUGUGUCCAACUUAACACUAAUGGCGCUGGGUUCUUCUGCUCCUGAGAUCUUACUCUCCGUCAUCGAGGUCUGUGGACAUGGUUUCAAAUCAGGUGAUCUGGGUCCCGGAACAAUUGUCGGUAGUGCCGCCUUCAACAUGUUUGUGAUCAUUGGUUUAUGUGUGUGGGUGAUCCCUAAUGGAGAGGUGAGGAAGAUCAAACAUCUGAGAGUGUUCUUCAUCACAGCAUUCUGGAGCAUCUUCGCAUACAUAUGGCUUUACCUUAUACUCGCCGUCAUCUCACCCGGAAUUGUCGAGGUUUGGGAGGCUCUGGUCACUCUGUCCCUGUUCCCAGUUUGUGUGAUUUUGGCCUGGAUCGCUGAUCGCCGUCUCCUCUUCUACAAAUAUAUGUCUAAGCGUUAUCGCGCCGACAAAAGGACUGGGGUUGUCGUGGAGACAGAAGGGGAAAUGUCCCCUAAAGGAGGGGAUAUGAUCUUGCGUGGGAAGUUUCCAGCGAGUGCGUCAGCGGGAAUGAUCACCCUGGAACACUGCCAGGACGGGCCUAAUAACAGCGCAGGCACCAUGACAACCCUGUUAAAGUCCAACAGCGCCACCAUUAACAUGGAAAGUGCGAAAGAACUGGAUGAAAGCCGCAAAGAGGUUAUUCGUAUACUGAAGGACCUGAAGCAGAAAUAUCCAAAAAAAGAUCUGGAUCAGCUAACGGAGCUUGCAAACUAUUACGCCCUGCUGCACCAGCAGAAGAGUCGCGCCUUCUACCGAGUGCAAGCCACCCGCAUGAUGAUAGGAGCAGGCAACGUGCUGAAGAAGCACGCGGCCGAUCAUGCGCGGAAAUCGGCCCCUAAAGACGUGGAUGUGUCGGAGCACAAUGACUACGCCACGUGUAGUCGCAUCACAUUCGAGAGCAGCCACUGUCAGUGCAUGGAGAACUGCGGCACGGUUACGUUAGCUGUGGUGUGCCAGGGAGGGACCGGAGAGAGCACCUUUUAUGUGGACUACUGCACCGAGGAUGGAACUGCCAACGCCGGUUCAGAUUAUGAGUACAGUGAGGGGACACUGGUGUUUAAACCAGGAGACACCAGGAAAGAGAUUAAGAUAGGAAUAAUUGACGAUGAUAUCUUUGAGGAGGACGAGCACUUCUUCGUGCGUCUCCUAAACCUGCGAGUCGGUGAUGCCGAAGGCAUGUUUGAAAGCGACGAGGCUGGCCAGGGGCCCAAGGGCCGGCUGGUGGAACCACUGGUCACCACGGUGACCAUUCUCGAUGAUGACCACGCUGGCAUCUUCACGUUUAGUGAGCGCAUUAUGCGCGUGAGUGAGAGUGUGGGCACCAUGGAGGUGACGGUGGUGAGGAACUCUGGUGCGCGUGGAACUGUGAUCCUGCCUUAUCACACAGAGCCAGGAACAGCCCAGGGUGGAGGCGAUGAUUACGAAGAUGCAUGCGGAGAGCUGGAGUUCACCAACGACCAGACCACGCAAACCAUUCAGAUUAGGAUCAUCGAUGACGAAGAAUAUGAGAAGCAUGAGAACUUCUACAUUGUCCUUGAGGAACCACAGUGGAUGAAGCGAGGAAUAUCAGCCCUGCUGCUCAAUCAAGAGGAUCAGGAAGGCCAGCUCAGCGCCGAGGAAGAGGAAGCCAAGAGAAUAGCUGAGAUGGGGAAGCCGAUCUUGGGCGAGCACAGCAAACUUGAGGUGGUCAUCGAGGAGUCGUAUGAGUUUAAGAGCACAGUCGAUAAGCUGAUAAAGAAGACUAACCUGGCGCUGGUGAUUGGCACCCAUUCCUGGAGGGAGCAAUUUGUGGAGGCGGUGACAGUCAGUGCAGGAGAUGGAGAGGAUGAAGUGGAAGGACGCGAGCAUCCGCCCUCCUGCUCCGACUACGUCAUGCACUUUCUGACAGUGUUCUGGAAGGUCGUGUUCGCUUGCGUGCCUCCUACUGAGUACUGGAAUGGCUGGGCUUGCUUCAUGGUGUCCAUCACCGUCAUCGGCCUUCUGACUGCCAUCAUCGGAGACCUGGCCUCGCACUUCGGCUGUACCGUGGGGCUCAAGGAUACGGUCACGGCUGUGGUGUUCGUAGCUCUGGGCACCUCCAUUCCAGACACGUUUGCUAGUAAAGUGGCUGCUACUCAAGACCAGUAUGCAGACGCAUCCAUCGGCAACGUAACCGGAAGCAACGCGGUCAACGUCUUCCUGGGCAUCGGUGUCGCGUGGUCAGUCGCUGCAGUGUACUGGUCCGCAAAGGGCUUGAGGUUUAGAGUGGAGCCUGGCUCACUGGCCUUCUCCGUCACCCUCUUCACUAUUUUUGCCUUUAUCUGCAUGGCCGUUCUGCUCUUCCGGAGACGGCCGUCCAUCGGGGGUGAGCUAGGGGGUCCUCGAGUUCCACGCAUCCUUACCACAUUGUUAUUUGUGGGUCUGUGGCUUCUUUACAUUCUUUUCUCCAGUCUGGAGACCUACUGCCACAUCAAGGGCUUCUAAAUCUUUUGGGGCAUGUACAAAAAAAAAAAAAAA